UUUCCUUCCUCACCGAUAUCUCCCAAUCGAAAUCAUUGCAAUGGCCGUCAACGGUACCAACGGUGUUCACCCUUCCCGUCCGCUAAAGGCCGGUAUCUACGCACCCAUCCCUACUUUCUUCCUCCCAGAGAGUGAAGACCUCGAUGUCCCUUCAUUCGAGAAACAUAUUUUGAAGCUUGCCGAGGCCGGAGUCGGGCCCCUCUUAGCUGGGUCGAUGGGCGAGGCUCUGCAUCUAUCGCACGAUGAGAGGUUGGUGCUCGUCAAGGCUGCCCGCAAGGUAUUGGACGGUGCUGGGUUCACUGAGGUACCGAUCAUCGCCGGUACAGGGGCAGGGAGCACGAGAGAAACCAUCCAGUUAUGCCACGAAGCAGCAGCGGCCGGCGUGGACUAUGCUAUCGUCAUUACCAGCGGGUACUACGCCGGUGCACUGGCAAAUAACAAGAAGGCUCUCAAGGAUUUCUUUGUUGAGGUAUCUGAGAAGAGUCCUAUACCCAUCAUGCUCUAUAACUACCCCGGAGCAAGUGGAGGCAUUGACUUGGACUCCGACCUUAUUACGGAGAUCGCGACCGAAUGCCCGAAUACGUGUGGAGUGAAGCUCACGUGCGGCAAUGUUGGAAAGCUCACACGUGUAUGUGCUACGGUUUCGCAACCUUCAUUCGCGUCUGCCCACCCACGCAAGAACUCGACCGCGCCUUUCUUGGUGCUUGGCGGUUUUAUCGAUUUCCUGGUCCCCUCCACGUUCGCGAAUGGCCACGGGGCCAUCACAGGACUGGCAAACCUCGCCCCAUACGCGAUCGUGAAACUCUUCAACCUUUCGCUAGCAGCGGUCACAGAUCCCUCUCAGCUUCCCGAGGCUCAAAGGUACCAGGGCGUCAUCGCUCGCGCCGACUACACCAUAGCGAAGUAUUCCAUCGCCGGUACGAAGUUCCUUCUGGAGAAGGUGUACGGUUAUGGUGGUGUUCCCCGGAAGCCGCUCCCACCCACCGAUCCCAAAGUGGCUGAGGCUCUCUGGAGUCAUGCGGAUGUAGAGGCGCUCAUUCAGCUGGAGCGGGAAGCUGGCGGGAAGCUGGCACACUGAUGGAAAUCCAUUCGUUGGCCGUCGUCUUUCGCUUCACGCUUUCAUGAUCUUCUAGAAUGCUUUUAUCUAUCAUCUAUUGUGACUAUACGCUGCACCCUGCCCGCCCCUGCCGCGCUCUUUUUUAUGACCUUACAGAAGCUUCCGCUUUCCGCUUUACUGUGCCUAGUGAGCGGACACGAAAGCUCUACACAAGAGAAGAUAUGAAACUGGUCCUAUUUUUGUCAUUCAACGUGUACAUCAUCGUAGCUACAUCCCCAGCUUUGAGGUCGAUCAGACCUCGGGCAUGAUUAGAAUAGUGCUUAGCCCUGGUCCGUGAUGGGUCCGAUGUAUGACCGUACACACCUUUUCAACAUGCGUGCC